GAGACAGAGAAGACCAGACCUGGCGGACCUGACAAGGCAAAACAAGCAAGGUAGUUUCUAAUGUACACUUCGGAGGUCAUUUUGUUUCUUAAUAUUAUUAGGUCUGAUUUUUAAUUAUUAUUUUUUUUAAGAAUAGAUACCAUUUCCUUUCACUGUUAUGAGUACAAUAUCUUUAUACUGCCGUACUCAGUAAUAUGGUUCCUCUCACCUGUGAUGCUUUACCUUUAGUGCUAGCCAUGGGUACGGGAAUUUUGGUGAUCCUACUCCCAUGUUUGUUGGCAGUGUGUUUUCUCUGAAGACCAGCUGAUUUGGGGAGCAGUUUGCUUUUUGUGUAUUUAGAACUUAGCACUGUUGGGACUACUUGUUGCUGGAAGGAGGUGGUCCCUCCCUGGCUUUGUAAAUAGCUAGCAAGGAAAAGCUGGAUUUGGAUCUGUAGCACACUUAACAAUUGCAGUGUUAGCCUGGUGUUGAUAGAACUAUGCAUGGUUGGUUUUAGUUUUAUUUUCCUUUAUAACCUGAGAACUCUAUUCUGAAGACUUAAAUGACUCCAGUGCUAGCAAGUAGGGGAAAGCCAGGCCUGUAUGUCAUUUACUGGAAAAUGAGCAAUGAAAGCUUCUUGGAAGUGUCCAGGUGGUCUGGUGGAGGCAGCUGAUGUCCAGGGGCGAGUGGGAGCAGACAGAUUUCAUUGGCACAGCAGUGCUGUGUGUAGGGACACAGCCAGCCUUGUCAAGAGGGAUAACAGGAUUGAGGGUGAUCUUAGUACAUUCAUUUUUCCUCCUUCAGGAAGAUGGUUGCUGACAGCACAGGGCGGAUUGUUUGAGCUUUUCUUACUGCAAAUGUAGUUACUAAAUGAUUCAGCAUGAUCCUGUACCCACGCAUUUUAGCAGUAUUGAUGAAUUCAUUACCCUUCUGUUAGCUGAUGGAUGUUAAUGGGCUAGAAUGUCUGCUGUGCAUUCGAACUAGAUGAAACACUCUCAAAAAAAAAAAUUAGAAAAUGGUGUGGGUGAGUUUUUAAGUCUCUUUCUUGUUCUGUUUAUAAAUCUAAAGAGAGAGAGAGACUACCUUUAAUAAUAUGCAUUAAGGGUGGUUAAAAGAAUAAUCCACGGGGCAGUGCAGGCAGCCAUGGAAUGUACAGAAAAUAGUAUUACGUGGUGAAUUUACUUAAAAAACAACAACAACAACAAAAGAACGAAAAUCAUAUCUUAAGCUAUAAUCAGAUGCAUCUGAAAUACCAGAGGUUUGACUUUCGUAUUACAAGUGCUGUGUAUUGCCCUGUGCCUCUGGGGCUCCUUUCAGGGUGUAUGGAGCCCUAAGGACAUGAACAGAAGUGCUCAAGGCAGGGUAUCAAAACGGGGGGUUAUAACGUGUGCUCUGCAAGAGCUGGCUGCAAGAAAAUGCCCUUUAAUAAUGAAACAGGUGCAGAUGCUUUUUAGUAACAAAUCUUUGUCAUUUUCUGUGUGAAGAGCAAACUAACUCCCACUCAAAGCAUUUUCCAUCUAAGUGUCCAGAAUAGGUAGAGAGUAGGUAGAGUAUUGAUGCUGUAGGAUACAUUCAGAAGCGUGGAGCAAUCACGAUGACAGCUGAAAAUUAGUGCAUGUCUGCAGAGGAGAAUGUGGGAUUCUCUGGCAUCUUUUAAGUAGAUUUUUUUCCUAAUUCCACAGUUAUCAACAAAAUAAGAAUAAAGAUAAAACCAAAUAUUUACAUUUAGGAAUAGGAGGAUCAUUAUCAGUGCCUCAAUGAAGCAAGCAGAAAGUUAUAAAUAGCAUCAUGAAGAAAAAUCAGGUAGUCCUUAUAUCAGGUGGGUUGAUUUCUGUUUGCCUUCCAGUGAUUCACUUCCAUCAAAGGUGACCUGUAUGUAGGUCAAAAUCAGGAUCUGAGGCUGCACAGCAGCAGAUCCAAAUGACUGACUAGCAGUGUUUGGGAGUGCUGGUUUGUGGUAAGUGAAACCCAGCCUAAGUCAGGCUGCAGACAGGGGAGCAGCAUCCUGGGUGCAUGAAAAAUAUUUCGGAAACAGAAAGUGUAUGAUAUGAAAAGAUGAGGAGGAAUACGAGGGAAAGAUGAACAGGACAGAUAGCUGGAAUCAGUCUGUAGGAAGGGCAGGACCAAGAUUUUUGUGGUGCUAGCCCUUUUUUUCUUCUUUUUUUUUCCCUCUUUCCCUUUUCAGUGGCUGUCUUCUACUUGAAACAAAGUGAAAAAGUUUUACUGUUCUGGGUGGUAAAAGGAGAUUUCCCAGAAAAUCCCUUCUUGCAGUUCUCACGGUUACCUGCUGAAGGCAAGUCCCAGGGCACAGCUGCUGUCAUUGCAGCCAUUUGGGCUUCCACAUGCAGCUUUACCUUUUGCCUCAUGAAUUAUAACUAGGGAGUGCUGUUGAAAUGAAUGUUACUUCCCUUGUUAGUGUUUCAAAGUAAUUAUAGUGACCUUGGGAUUAAUUCUGACCUGAUCUGUCAGAAAACCCAGCUCCCCUGGACCUUCUGAUUUUUGGCCAAAAAAAAAAAAAAAAAAAAAAAUCCACACACAGAGAAUUUUAGGUUAUAAAUUUUCCUCUUAUUGCAACUUAAUUAGUCUUGAACAUACAUCUGUAUGUAGCUUAAUUUUUUAGGGAUCAAGUAACCUCAUGUUAACUAUUACCAGUGUGUUAUAGGUGAAUUAAGUCCACAUGUUGAUGUUUUGAGAGGAGUGUGCAAGUAUGGUGGCUGUGUUGGGUGGCACUUGAAGUUAUAUAUCCUGUGAAUGGGCACUGAAGAAUGUGGCUAAGAUAUUACAUCAGUCACUGGUUUCUUUACGGGCAUCCAUUUGUGCUGGUAGCCAGUACACGUAAAAAUGUUACCUGAAAACAACACAGCUGUGUCUUGGUUGUCUGAACAGUGAUGGCUUUGCGGGUCUGACUGUUCCUCAAACAGUUUAUUGGGAAUUCAUGCUGUAACAUAAAAGUAUUAAUUAGUCUCUCAGCUUCUAGCUGUUGUAGCAUGGAGAGUUAAACCAGUGUUCUUCCCUAAUCUGUGUCAUGAUGAGUGUUUGCCUUUGGCCUAUUGAAUUUAUUAAUGUGGUUGCAUGGCUGUGGUGUGUGGGUGGGGAGGAGAAACUGCUCAUGGUGACGUCUGCUUCAUAGUAAUGAAGUGCAAACCAAAUUGAGGUAAUGAGAUCUUUGCGUAGUUGUGAGGAGCAAGUACCUUCCCCAGUAUGGCAUCUGGUCAUGAUUUUCAUUUUCUCGUGUCAUUCUCUUGAAGAGAGGAAAUGAUUGUAGUGGAACUUCUUACAGAUAAGCCACAGAUACGGAUUUGUCGUCGUUCAGAAACGUUCACAGAAGAGCAGAUAUAGCCCUUUUUUGUGUUCCAGCAUCUGUCUUAUUAAAAAGGGAAAUAAAAAUGACGACUUCAUCUAUUAGGCGGCAGAUGAAGAACAUUGUGAACAAUUACUCGGAGGCCGAAAUCAAAGUCCGGGAAGCGACCUCCAACGACCCAUGGGGUCCCUCAAGUUCACUGAUGACUGAAAUAGCAGAUCUGACCUACAACGUUGUGGCCUUCUCUGAAAUUAUGAGCAUGAUCUGGAAGCGACUCAAUGACCACGGCAAGAACUGGCGACACGUGUACAAGGCCCUUACUCUGUUAGAUUACCUGAUUAAAACUGGUUCUGAGAGAGUGGCGCAGCAGUGUAAAGAGAAUAUUUUUGCUAUCCAAACAUUGAAAGAUUUCCAGUAUAUUGAUCGAGAUGGUAAAGAUCAGGGCAUCAAUGUAAGGGAGAAAUCCAAGCAGCUUGUGUCUCUGCUGAAGGAUGACGAGCGACUGAAGACGGAGAGGGCCCAGGCACUGAAGACCAAAGAACGCAUGGCUCAGGUAGCCACCGGGGUGGGCAGCAACCAGAUCACCUUCGGUCGGGGCUCCAGUCAGCCCAACUUGUCCACCAGCUACUCGGAGCAGGAGUAUGGCAAGUCUGGAGGCUCUCCAGCAUCCUACCAUGGCUCAACGUCCCCACGAGUUUCCUCUGAGCUGGAGCAGGCCCGACCCCAGACCAGUGGGGAAGAAGAGCUGCAGCUGCAGUUGGCGCUGGCGAUGAGCCGGGAGGUGGCGGAGCAGGUCAGUGCCCGUGAGGAGCGCCUCAGACGCGGAGAUGAUCUGAGAUUACAGAUGGCUCUGGAGGAGAGUCGCAGAGACACAAUUAAAAUUCCCAAAAAGAAGGAGCAUACUACUCUUUUGGACCUAAUGGAUGCCCUGCCCUCAUCGGCACCGGCCCCACAGAAAACAGAGCCCUGGGGACCUCCUGCUGCUGUUGCAAACCAAACUGAUCCCUGGGGAGGAUCCACAGUUGCAGCUACUGCCUCUGACCCAUGGCAAUCAUUUGGUGCCAAACCAGCUGCUUCUGUUGACCCGUGGGCAGCACCAGCAGGAUCUGCAACUCAGUCUCUGUCCAAAAAUGUUGACCCAUGGGCUCCUGCUCAGCCAUCUUCUACUGCAGCAAAACCUUCGGUGGAUCCUUGGGGACCAGCGCCCGCAAACAAACCCCUCUCUACUUCUGGAAGUACAUCUUUUGACCUCUUCAGUAAUUUGAAUGGUACAGUUAAAGAUGAUUUUUCUGAAUUUGACACACUUCGAACUUCCAAAAAACCAGCUGAAUCAGGUUCCACUUUGCCGUCCCAGCAUAGCGGUACCACAAGUCCUGAUCUCUUUGAUUCCCAACACUCAAGCAUGACAUCAGGCAAACAGAGCGCAGCUCGAAAAACCCCCGAGUCUUUUUUGGGCCCCAAUGCUGCUCUGGUGAACCUGGAUUCACUGGUGUCCAAGCCACCGCAACCUGUAACUUCGCUGAAUCCAUUCUUGGCACCAGGUGCAGCUACAGCACCAACUCCAAUCAACCCCUUCCAAGUGAAUCAGCCUCAGCCACUCACUCUAAAUCAGAUGAGAGCAAGUCCUGUGAUGGGAACCAGUCCUUCUUUCAGUGCUGUGCCACCAAUAAGCAUGGAGCCAAUACCUCUGUCUUCCAUGGCCCCAGUGCCUGUGGGAAUGGCACCGAUACCAGCUAUGGGCACUGUGGCAUCCAUAACAAGGAUGGGCCAGGGGAUGAACGUGAGCAUUGCAGGAUCAAUGACCCAACCUCUUCACAGUACAGGAAUCCCGCCGUCAGCAUCCCAGUCUACAAAUACAACUAACCCUUUUCUCCUAUAAAGACCCAAUUAAAGGAACUUUCUUUUCAUAGUGUUUCCAGGCUGAAGUCUUUACAGUGAAACAAACGUGGCCUGUGUGGACUGAAUGGUGUGUAAGAGACUUGGAAGUAGAUUUGCAGUUUACAGUUAUGAUCUUUGAAGAGUUGUCUCUACUUACCAGUUAAUCUAAAUCUAGUCUUUGCUACAGAUGGUACCUUACUUUGGCUUGUUGAGCAUUAUGUGAAAUGUUCAGACUUUUCACCAAAGUUAGAUUCUGCCCAUUUUGUUACUUUGUUAAUCAUUUCAAUACACUUUCUAGGGAGAACCUGCCAUUUUAAACUCCGUUGGCUGUUUUGUAGAUGUCAGAUGAUGUGCUGGAUCCUGAAAUUACUAUUUACCUGCAUCUGUCACUUCCUAUGCCCAUAUGAUAGACCUGAGAUUCAGAGUGCUAGUGAAUGUUUUGCACAUAACUGUACACAGUUCUAGACUGUUGGUUCACCCAUAGUCCUUACUCUUAGAAGAGAAUGAUUCGGAGGGCCCAGGUGGCUGGUUUUUAUGCAUUAAACAUUGCAACGCAAAAUCGCACUGCUUUGGUAUCAGAGGUCUGACCGAGAAAGCAAGCUUGUCUCAAAAGGAAAAAGCAGACAAAAAACCCAAGAACAUUUGCAAGUUGUCAAGUAUAACGUGUGCUGUUGUAUGCAGUGUUGAAUUUGUACACUACUCUAAGGACUCCUGAGGAACUCUCUGUGAGUGGCAUGCUGCACUCGUGCUGAGUGAGUGUCCUGCUCUGUGCUUGUCCAGUACCAGCUUCGUUUGGAAGUUAUGUGUAUUUUGUUUUUAUUUGACUUACAAUGUGAGUUGAAAGAAAAAAAGAAAUACAGUGGGACAACUUUGAAUUCAGUUUCACCGUGGCAAGCUUUAAAACUAAUUCAGGCUUAACCUUGCUAUAUGCAGUUACUCUUGUAUACUUUUGCACAUAUUUUGUUUAGUACAGUUUCAUAUUUGAGUUUGCAGAGUUACCUGAUAGUCCUUUUUUUGCUAAUUUUUAUAAUGUGGUUCUUAUUUAACUGUCUGGUUUUGAUAGAUUUAUCAAGUCUGGCUGAAAAAUUAAGAUAUUGGCAAAUGUCAUUUUUAUGGUUUUAAUGCCCUCUUAUUUAUGGUUUUAGCUCUUCGUUUCUGUAAAGAGAGUUUAAAAGGGAAGAUUAACACUAAAAUAUUUUACUUUUAAAUGAAGUAUUCAUAAUGCAGUUCAAAACAAAUUCUCGUGACUAAUUAUUUUUAGAUGAAUUGAAUUUGAACAUAACGUGAUUUAAGACUACAUUAAAGAGAACAAACACUAAAGUCUCCUUUCCCUUGGUUUGUUCCCGUUUUCCGAUGACCGGAAUGGACAGACGUGUAGCCUUCACAAAGGUCAGCAGAGAGGCUGUUGUUUUUUAUUUCUUCUUAAGAUGUUUAAAGUUCUAAUGUACAAACACAGCUCAUUAAUUGUAUGGACUAAUUUUUCUUAAUGAAAGGUGCGCUCCAUAUUAAUAACUGGUUCCAUUUACUCACUGUAAGCUGAACUGUACGUUUUAACUUGCAUGUCUGGACUCAUCGGCACCAAACCACGCUCAGGUUUCAGUCCGUGUCUCUGGUGCAGAGCUGGCUGCUCAGAGUGGCAGUGCUCUGAGCUCUGCUUUCACAAGCAACAUAAACAUGCGCAGAGAGUGUGGAAGGGAAGUCCCAGUGCUUGCUCCUGCCUCGAGGGCAUCUCCGAAUGAACUGAUGCAUUUUGGUGGCCUUUCCCUAAUUAGGAGGACAAAAAAACAAAGAAAAAGCUGGAAGAGAUUGCCAGUUUCAUGUCUUGGUGCAGUGAUGCUGAGUGGGGCAGUCUUAGGGUUGCGUGCUGCAGAGGGAAGGGCUGGCUGAUGGUUGUGUCUUGUGGUGGGCAGGGAGGCUGAAAGACUAUCAAAUCUAGGGUACAAUCACAGAGUUUAGCUGUGUAGGUCAGUGUAGCUCUAUUAGUAGAUGGAAUGCUAAACGUGUGGAUGUUUCUAUGCAGAUUGUUCUAUCCUCUUGAUACUAAUGGAUUUGCAAGUAGGAUUCGGGAUAUUCAUCUGCUCUUGUUUUCAUAGAAGAGGAAAAAGAAUGACUGUCCACACCCAGUCUGUCUUUUUUAAAAAGAAAACAAAAACAUUCAUGAUGCCUUUCAGAAUAAGGAAAAAAUACUUUACUUUUUUGUUGUUGCUGAAGUUAUUGAAAAGUUUAGACCAGGAAGGGUGUGAUUCUUGCAUAUGGGGGGGAAGUGCUUUCCAAUUGAUCUGUGGCAAGAUUUAUAUCUCAUUAUUUUUCCAGGUUAGUUUUAUCAACAGUGAAAUUGAGGUCACUUGAUGUUUUUCCCUUAGUCAGUCACUUGAAUGCAUUUGUGACAGCUAGAUGGGGCAUAAUCUAUUCAGCCAAGCAGUUCUAAUCACAGCCUCUCAUUUAACACUAGGUAACUGUUUUCUGAGGCCAGAUGGGGUUGAUAGUAUUUAAAAUUAUAAAGUCAUCUGUAGCUCAGAAUAAUGAUCUGUCACCGUGAAUUGAUCCAAAUAUGACGCUGGUCUGGUGGGGAGCCCUGGCUUAAUGAAACUGCUGAAUGGCAGAUUGUUGCUUUCACCGAGCCACUUCUGCAAGAGCUGCACCGCUUUCCCAUUGCGCGGAGAUGUAUAUUGCGGCAGUGUGUGGCAAGGCAGCAUGGAGCAGCGGUGCUGCAGGGCUGAGGGCUCUGCCCUGCUGACAUCCAAGCCUGGAGCCGUGGCUCUGCCCCUGCCUUGCUGAAGCUUCAGCUGUGUCCAGAAGGGUGAAUCCAUUUCCUGAUAAUUUAACUGCUCCUCAGAAUACUCCUUCGCCCUCCCUGCCUCCACCUCUUCCUGCAUGGGGGAUGUGUGUGCAUCUGAUCGUGUCUGCUCUGGCCUGUUUCUCCAAAUGUGUUUCCCUCUUCCCCUUCUUUUUCUCACUUGCAGAUAUUAAAAGUGCUUUUGAUUUUUUUAAAAAAUGUUAGUAUCCCAGAAUAGCCUUACUGGUCAAAUUGACCAAAGAUAAAGUGUUAAUUAUUUUGUAAAAAGAAAAAAAAAAUCUUGGCAUAAUUUUAAACCCAAAAUAAGCUCAGUUAUUUAUUCAGUUUUAUACUAUAUAGAAACUAAACUACAUUAAGGGGACAGGGAAGGAAAACCGUGGUGGGUUGUGGUGUUUACAGUCUUUUUGAAGUCCCGUAGCUAAGACGACUAUUGUUAUCCAUCUUCCCUUUUGCUGUUACAGUUUCUAAUGUGUACUGUAUGUAUUAAUAUUGCACAGAUUGUGGAGAAAUAUAUGGUUUAUUUUUCACAGCAGAAUCUCACAAGACUCACUUCCUUUACAAGUGUUACAAUUUAAAUAUUUACCAAACUGUUUUCAUAAUACUGGGAGCCGGCUGCUUUUUAUGAAUUUGUGCUGACUAUUGACAUUAUUUACUGUAUAAAUAAUUUAUCAUUUGUACUAUUGUAUCAUAAUGUCUGUAUCUUUGUGUCAUUUUUCCCGAGCGAUGUCACGAAUGUGAUAUUUAAUAAUGCCAUCAGAACAGUGGAAAGACGAGGGGUUUGUAGGUGACUGGUCAGAAUUAAAAUUGUAUUGCUUAUAUUCCAGAUGUGUUGCUUCUUCCAGACUCUGCGUAGUGUUUGUAUCCUGUCCCAAACCGGUGGCUGCCGUGCCUGAUUUAGUUUUCAAGGACGUUGAUGGAUUGAUUGGUUGAGAUGAUGAAGGUUUGUGCUAAAAGUCCAAGGCUCUAGGAGAAAGCUGAUGGUUAUUGAGAGUGAUGCUUCUUGUAUAUUGUCAAUGUGAUUCCUUCGAUGAAUUCAUGGCUUUCCUGGGGCAAGCCUGCUCUUGCUAUGAGAAAGGGGGGUUUCUUACAGACCACUUAAUUCAGAAUCAGUUGAGACCUUACUAACUCAAUAAAAUUGGAAGACUUGUGUUGCA